AUGGCCGCCACGCUCGCAAUCCCUCUUCCUCCUCGUCCGGUCGAACUGGCCUCGUUCAUGCCCUCUUCGGCGCCGCUGCUCUCCGUCAGCGAGCGAGCCAGACGGCUCCACCGCCAACUGGCCUGGCGCCGCGCGCGCGGCUGCGACCCGUCCUACGUGAUGGAGCUCGACGGCACCACCAUCACCACUCUCCAGACACCGUGCGGCGAAGUAAAGGGGCUCGGCACCGGCGCCUCCGUGUGGGACACCGCCAUCGUUCUCGCCCGAUAUUUGGCCAAGGAGCGGACCAACUUCAACCCCAAGAAGGUCGUGGAGCUGGGUAGCGGCAACGGGCUGCUCGGGAUGGUCUGCGCCGUUCUCUUCGAGGAGGCCAACAUUACGCUCACGGACCAGAAGCCGCUGCUGCCGCUCAUCAAGCAGAACAUGGCGCACAACGUCGAAAACAUCCCCCAGCUGGCCCGAGUGGCGGUGGAGGAGUACAACUGGGGCGAGGAGACGGCGAUGAAGGACAUCAACCUCAUCAUCUGCUCCGACUGCGUGUACGACAUGGCGCCGUGGGACCUGCUGGUGGACUCGCUGCGGCUGCUGUGCAGCAGCGGGGACGAGUGCCGCGUCAUCAUCUCCAUGGAGCACCGCUACAGGAGCACCGAGGAGAAGUUCUUCAACUACGCCUCCCAGCACUUUGACAUCCACACCAUCCCUCGCGAGGAGCACGAUGCUGACUACUGUGCGGACGAUAUCGACCUCUACAUCCUCUCCUCACGGCGAUGA